UGGGACGUUAAAAUUUGUUAAAUAACAUUUCUUAUAAAAUUAUCUGAUUUUCUAACUCAAAUGAUAGUGCUAUCAUACUAACGUAAAAUUGGUGAAAUUAGAUAAUUAUUUUUUGUUUUAACUAGCUUACAAUCAAUGCUAAGGAGCAUUUCAAUAAUACACUAUUGUUAUGAGUGGAAACUUUGGUCAAUUUAAUGAGUACUACAAAAUAUUCCUACUGUAAGGCAAUUGAAAUAGAAGGAUCAGGAUUUAAGAAAAUAAAAGAAGAACAAGUACUACAAUGGAAACUUUGGUCAAUUUAAUGAGUAAUACAAAAUAUUCCUACUGUAAGGCAAUUGAAAUAGAAGGAUUAGGAUUUAAGAAAAUAAAAGAAGAACAGGUACUACAAUGGAAAAUUUGGUCAACUUAAUGAGUAAUACAAAAUAUUCCUACUGCAAGCCAAUUUCAAUACAAGUAUCAGGAUUUAAGAAAGUAAAAGAAGAAGAGGGGUUGAAAUCGAUUAAAAGGAGCGCCGGAAAAUAAAUAAACACAGGUUUGCGCGACUAACGAGAACAGGAUGACAGAAAACAAAGUAGGGAGCUUCACGCUAAGAGUUAAGGGUGCCACAUAUCACCCCGUGUUCGUACGAGUGGAAUCAGGACUCCAGGAAAAAGAAGAAUAAAGACUGUAACUAUGCGAAUGUGGACGAUAAUAUUCCAUUCAAGAUCCCCCACGAACAAUACAGGAUUCACAUGAGUGGUACCUCACACCAUUCUAAAGUGAGUCACCUGAGGAAUAUUCCAGAAUAAAAUCCAUCCCUUAGCAGUAUUAUAAAAAGCAAGCAUCGGACUGCCAGAGCCAGUGCAUCAGGAGCUUUUAAACUACGAGGAGGCCCUCAACAAAGAGUAGUCCAGUGCGUCAGGAGCUUUCGAACUAAGAGUAGUCCAGUGUGUCAAGAGCUUUUAAACUAAGAGGAAGCUCUCAACAAAGUGCAGUACAGUAAAAUUUCGGGAACUCUUUUGUCUUGAAUGAGAUUUCAAUCAACUAAAUUUCAAUUUCUAAUCGACAUCUAUUUAUUUCUACUGAAAUCAAGCAUCGAUUUCGAAAAUUAAAAUUAAAUACAAAAGAGUAAAUAUCGAAUUAGACUCCAUUAUUCACCAACUUCAGCAUUGAAGUUGACAAUCAACUUAGUGUCUCGCGCACUCAACAUCGGAGGACCUUCCAGUUUCAACGCCUCCAUUCUCCAGAUUCAACAUCUCCAACCUCUAGACGAAUCAACGCCAAGUUCAUUGCGACAUCACCUUCAACAACGAAGACGACCUAAAAUUCAACUUCACGCAAUUACUCACUGACCAAUUCCAAUCGUAACAACCUGGUAGAGAAGUAUUCCGUAACAACAUCCUGAGUGUACCAGUUAUAAAUAAAACACCUAUUUAAUAUUAUUCAAAUCGUAAGUAAAUAUUUAAUUUCUUUCUUUAAUAUCUCAUUUUCUCCUCUUUUCCUUUUUCCAACCGGUUCUGAUGGUCAUCCCUUAGUGUUAACUAGUCAAUAAGUUUCUAAAUCAAAGAGAUCUGUCAAUAAGUGUAACUGCCACUACCAGGGUAAAGGCAUUUAGUUGUCUGACCGUACAAACAAGCAGUUGAUCACAUUUGUGUCGUCCCAGGACGUAACAUAAAUAAAAUUUUUGGUGUCAGAAGUGGGAUUCAAUAGAAAAAUAAUGCCCGUGACGAUCUCUCUGGUAUGGAAACUUCAUCUCCUGGUAGAGGGAAAUUAAACCCUAAAGUUGUUAUUUCCCCACCCGUAGGUCAAUCAAUACUUCGUACCCCAAUAUUACCACGAUAUCGACCUCCAGAAAAUCCAAUAGACAGUAUCGUAGUUCAAAAAUUAAACCCCGAUUUAGCAAAUUUAUCCGACGCAAAAUUCGAGGAUUUAGAAAAUCCGGAACACAGAAAUCAAAAUCAAAUAAUUCCAAACGUUUUUAAUCGAAGCAACGAAAUGUUCGGUCAAAACGGAGCAGACCAUCAAAAUGACCCAGCAAAUCCACUAAUUCCACCAGUUCCGCCAAAUCCAGAUAACGAAAACGAUCGAGUGGUGAAUCUACCCGAACAAAUCGCCGACGUGAGACGACCAUAUGCCGUUCCGGUAUCAAUUAAAUAUGCUAUCGAAGCUGUACCUAUUUUUGACGGUCAAAAUAUUCCAUUCUCUUAUUUUGUCGAAGGCUGUCGCGAAGCAAAAGCAAUGAUACCCCCUGAGGACGAGCUAAGUUUAGUUAGAGUUUUACGAAAUAAACUACGUGGACAAGCCCGACGGACAAUUCUUUCCACAGAAUUCGCGAAUGUUGAACAAUUUAUAACCUUCUUAAAAAACUUAUAUUCACCUUCUAAAACAUACCUUCAGUUGUUAGGAGAACUAGGUAGAAUUUUUCAAAGGGAUGAUGAAAACGCAGUAAAUUACACAAAUCGUGCCCGCGAAUUAGGCAACAGAAUUCUUGACGCCUAUAAAGCUCAAGAAAAUAGAGAUAUGCCUCUUGCGUUCAGAGAAGCAUAUAACAUAGAAAUUAAAAAUUCUUUAAUUCAAGGCUUAAAACCAGAAAUUGAGCAGAGAAUUUCUAGAAAUAAAAAUUUUAUGGACACGGUUCACGAAGCAAUUCACAUCGAAAGACAGUUAGAAGCAAAAAACGCGUUACGUGGAAAAAUGCCUCAUAAGUAUAAUCGAUCGGCGGAAACGUAUAGUUUUGACAGAAACCCACGAAAUACAAGAGAUAUAAAUGUAAUUCAAGAUCAACCGUUAAAAUGCGAAUUUUCUCGCGAAAAUGGACAUUCGACAACAAAUUGCCCACAAAAAAAUAAUAAUAAUAGAAACUUAAACUCUCGGUACUACGAUAAAAUGUGUAGAUAUUGCAAAAAUCCGGGUCAUACUAUUGAAGAAUGCCAAAAAAGGCAAUAUAAUAACAAUAUUAGAUAUCAACGUCCAAAUAAUUCAGAAAAUUUUCAACCUUUAAAUCCAGCAAUUUUUAAUCGCCAACCACAUUAUUUAAAUACGCAGAAUUCCUAUAACCGUAAAAAUCAACCAAAUUAUCAACGAAAUCCAAAUUUUAAUCAACUUAGAUUUCAACAGAAUAAUAAUUAUAAUCGUCCAAAUUUUCAAAACCCAAAUUACCGAAAUUUUCAACCACCCGAGAAUUACAAUCGCGCAAAAUUUCAAAAUUCAAACUAUCGAAAGUUUCAACCUCCUAAUAAUUAUAAUCGUAAUAACUUUUCACGCGAAAAUUCCCAACCUUACUCAAAUAAUUUUAAUAAUCAAAACAACCCAAGUAAUUUUAGUAAUCCCAAUAAUUUUAAUGAUCGAAAUAAAGGACCGGUAAGAUUCGCGGAUGAUCAGCAGGUACCAAACAUCGAUCAAAGUCCUAAACAUACGUAUCAGGGAAACUUCCCACCGCUUCCCCGAGCGGGCGUAUCGAGGGAAGCUCAAAACCAACGUCCAAUUUUGCACAUACAGAACGCAGAUACGGAAUCAGAAACAAUAGAAGAAUCGGAAACGUUAGGGGAAUUGUUUCAGUCGCCUCUAUCGAAUUAAAACAAAAAUGUCAAGCUCCUACAAUAAGAAUCGAUACACCUAGCUUUAAAAAUUCUGUAAUAGUUAUGAUUGACACCGGUUGCGAAA